CGGGGACGCAGGAAUGUAUGAUGUAGCGGCCAGGACGUGAUUAGCAAGCUGCUAGGAACGGCAGUGUCUUAUUGCUUGUUCAGGAGGCUAAUUAUUUCUGCCAGAUGUGAAGCAUCAAGACGAUCUUAGGAGCUGAAUGGAAAUAUUUCAGACAUUUUGUGUAUGAGGAGGUUGUGGGUAGUGUACCAUGGGGUACGACAUUACAAGAUUCCAGGGUGAGGUUGAUGAAGACCUGCUGUGUCCUAUAUGCAGUGGAGUGCUUGAGGAACCGGUGCAGGCUCCACACUGUGAGCAUGCCUUCUGUAACGCAUGUAUAACACAGUGGUUUGCCCAGCAACAGAUCUGUCCUGUUGACCGCACAGUGGUGACCCUAGCUCACCUCAGACCUGUGCCCCGCAUCAUGCGCAACAUGCUUUCCAAACUUCAAAUCAGCUGUGACAAUGCAAGCUUUGGCUGUACAGCUACACUAAGGUUGGACCAGCUACAGUCACACCUCAAGGACUGUGAGCACAACCCCAAAAGGCCCAUCAACUGUGAGGAGGGCUGUGGGCUUGAAAUGCCCAAAGAUGAGCUGCCCAAUCAUAACUGCAUCAAACAUUUGCGGGGCGUCGUCCAGCAGCAACAGACCAAGAUUUCAGAGCUGGAGAAAACCGUGGCAGAACAUAAACACCAGUUGGGGGAACAAAAACGAGAUAUCCAGCUGCUAAAAGCCUACAUGAGAGCAAUCCGCAGUGCAAACCCCAACCUGCAAAACCUGGAGGAGAGCAUCGAGUACAACGAGAUCCUGGAGUGGGUGAACUCCAUGCAGCCAGCCAGAGUAACACGCUGGGGUGGCAUGAUCUCCACUCCGGAUGCUGUGCUGCAGGCGGUCAUUAAACGCUCCCUCAUCGACAGCGGCUGUCCUCUCUCGAUCGUGAACGACCUGAUUGAGAACGCCCACGAGCGUAACUGGCCGCAGGGACUGGCCACUCUAGAGACACGGCAGAUGAACAGACGCUACUAUGAGAACUAUGUUGCCAAGCGUAUUCCUGGCAAGCAGGCAGUGGUGGUGAUGGCCUGUGAGAAUCAGCAUAUGGGGGAGGAUAUGAUCCUGGAGCCCGGCCUCGUCAUGAUCUUUGCGCACGGAGUGGAGGAGAUCUGAUCACUGUACAGUUUCCUGCAUCGAUUCAAAGACAAGUGAGAAUAUUUAGCGCUUUCACUAUGGGGAGUUU